GUGUGUCUCGUGGUGUUUCGUGUGUUCAUUUUCGGUUCUCGUUGUGCUUUUGUUCUCUUCGUCGUUUGUGUGUUUGAUACGCGCGAGUUAAUCGUAAGCAGCCCGUCCGCAGCAGCUCUGAAUGAGAUUUACCCGCGAGGCGCCGACAACGACACGUUGGAUUUUGCGGGGGCGUUGAACGGCUACGGCCUGCUGGUAGAGCCAAGGCGGCAGUCGGCCGCCGCACCAGGUCAAAGAGUCGGCGGCGCGGUGGCAGGCAGCGGGGUGCUCGCAGCGUUGCCCGGCUCGCUCAACGAGAAGGGCCUCGCGCUACUGCAGGACCAUCACCUGCGCCUGCAGCAGCAUCUACAGCAGCAGCAGCAGCUAGAGCAGCAGCAACAGCAUCAGCUCGAGCUCGAACAACAGCUGGCGUUCUAUCACCACCAUCAGCAGCAGCAGCAACAGCAGCAAGAACAGCGUCUAGGGCUGGCGACCAGCAGUGCAAAAACGAAGACCGCAGGGUUGGCGGGCCUCGACAGCGAGGCGGUACGCCGCUGGGUCGCAGAGGCAGCCCGCUCGGUACGCCCGGCACUGCCGACCAGCCAGACCCCAGCGGCUCUGCUUCCUUAUCUGCAGCAGCAGCAGCAACAAUCCACUGCUCAGUCGUACGGGAUCAGUAGCUCUCAGAGGAUACCCUCGUCGUCCUCCUCGUCGUCGACUCAGCAAGCACAAGCGUCGCGACGAAGGCCCUCCGACUCGAGCCCGCCAUCGACCCCGUUCGCGUCGCCCAUGACCCAAACCCCGAGCAUGCACUUACUCGAGGGCAGCAACAACGUCGCGGAGGCAAUGGUGGCUCAGCAACAGCAACAGCAGCAACAGCAACUCGCCCAAAACAAAGUACCGAAACAAACGAGCCCGACCAAUAACAACACCAUCGAGGCCUGGCGCUCGAUGCAAGCCAACGUACCGCAAUUCGGACUGUGGAGCACGGCAGCAGCAGCAGCAGCCGCAGCAUCGGCCUCGCAAGCCGACCAAGUGUCGCAGCUCGUCCUCUCGAGUUUGGCCAGCCAAACCGUCGUCCCGGUAUCGACGUCGCAAACGUCAAAGUCAGCUCAGCAGCAGCAGGCGCGCGCCAACUCGUCGUCGGCUCAGCAGCCGGCACAGAGCUCCAGUAUGGACGUCGAUCAGCCGCUCGACUUCUCCGUCGGCUCGCUGCAGCAGCAUCGACAGCAGCUCCAGCAGCUCGCUCGGGCCAGGACUGUGCACGAACAAUUGCAGGUCCGAGCUAUGUUGCAGCGCCAACAGGAGCAGCAACGGCAACAAGAGCAGCAGCUACAACAGCAGCAGCAGCAGCAACAGCAACACGAUAACAACAACGGCACGAACAAUGUACUCGCGAAAAAUACCAAAAUAACUAGCUCCGAGCGGCAAAGUUACAGCGCUAGUGAGGCCAGUGAUAGCGCCAGUGAGGACGAAGGUGUGUCGACGAGUGGCAGUCCGAAUGGACCUCUUCGAGGACUCGACAGCGAUGCGUGCGAGCCGAUGACAGAUCGAACUUAUGCCAAGAUAUGGCUGAACCAAAGCGAGCUCGGUUGGCGAACGGAGAAGAGCUUGAAGCGUCACUCCUCGCCGCCGCAAAGCUCGAGCCCAAAGACGACGAUGAGCACUACGACGAGCGCGCCGAACGCCCAGGCGCUGUCGCCCAGCAGCGCGGCCGGUGGUGCCGCCGGUGGGGACCUGCCGCUGCUGCCGCACACUUCCUCGCCCAUCAGCAUACCCACCAGCAAUCUCGAUCUCAGGAGUCCACCUGCGCUGCACGUGAAAAAUUUGGGCCUCUCGCCGACGAGCGACGCGCUUGGACGUGCAGAAAAGAAUCCGUCAUCGCCCGACUCGACGCAUGAUGCUGAUUUGCACGGUGACGUCGAAGCUCACGACCUGAGCGGCGACGACCGCAGCAUCAACAGCGACGUCCACGACAGCCACGAGGCACAUCUCGAUCAUGACUCGAUCGACUCGGACCGAGAGGCGCUCAAUCUGGUGACGGACGGUUCGCAGCGCGGCAACAGCAGCGGCGGCACCAGCGCCAGCGCCUCGUCGCCGAGCUCCGGUGUCUCGAGCAGUCACCAGCUCACGAACAACAGCCACAACACGUCCAUAAACGUCAGUGGUGGUAACAACAACAACAGUCACAACAACAACAACAACAGCAGCAGUAACAACAACAACAACAACAACAGCACGAGCAACAAUGGCGGCAGCGCGACGUCGCCGGCCGCGCUGGCGGCAGCCCAGCUCGUCAGCCAGCAAUUGCUCAUGCACGCUGGCCAGCUGGGCGCCCUCGCGCCCCAGGAAAUCCAGGCGAUAGCCUCGCAGCUGCAGCACCAGAACGCGAUCACGCAGACCCUGCAGCAGCUCGCCAUGAUCCAGGCGAAUCCGGCCUCCGCUCCGUUCUUCCUGCAGAACCAGGUGCAGCAAGCGGUCGCGCAGGCUGCCCAGCAGAUCCAAGUCAUGCAGAAGCAGCACUCGGCCGCUCUGCAGAACAGCAACGCGAUCAGUCGACAGCAGCAGUCUUCGGCCACGUCCACGGUGCAGCAGCAGCAGCAGCAACAACAGGAUCAUCAACACCGAUCGCCCCCGCCACCGGGAACGCCACCCUCGAUCAAGGCGAGCACGUCGAGGCACGAGCCGUCGCCCGAGGAGACGACCGAUCUCGAGGAGCUCGAGCAGUUCGCCAAGACGUUCAAGCAGCGCAGAAUCAAGCUUGGCUUCACUCAGGGCGACGUCGGCUUGGCCAUGGGCAAGCUCUACGGCAAUGACUUUUCUCAAACGACGAUAUCGAGGUUCGAAGCUCUGAAUUUAUCGUUCAAAAAUAUGUGCAAGCUCAAGCCGCUGCUACAAAAGUGGCUCGAGGAUGCCGAUAACUCGCUCAACAAUCCGAACUCGCUGUCGAAUCCAAUGACCACGCCCGAGGCGAUCGGUCGACGGCGAAAAAAACGCACGAGCAUCGAGACGAGCGUGCGGAUAGCCCUCGAAAAAGCCUUCAUGCAAAAUCCAAAGCCGACCUCCGAGGAAAUCACCGCCUUAGCGGAUAAUCUGGCCAUGGAGAAAGAAGUAGUUAGAGUCUGGUUCUGCAACAGGCGGCAGAAAGAAAAGAGGAUAAAUCCGCCGACCGCGGCCAUGGGCAGUCCGACGAUGGCCUCGCCAGCGCCGUCCGCGUCCGUGUUCGCCUCGCUGGCCAGUACGAUGUCGAGCCCGCCGUUGACGAUGGCCUCGCACUCGUCGCCACUGCAUCAUCCGCACUCGACGCCGCUUGGCUCGCCCCUGCCUCUGGCGCUGGUCGCCAGCUCGGGCGGCUACGGUCAGCCCAAAUCUAGCCCGCUGACCGAGUGACAUCAGCAGUCUUUAGCUCCUGGCGGAGCGACGGCCGCGAUUUACAUGCAAGAGCAACAUCACUUGCAUCAACAUCCGCAUCAGCAGCAGCAGCGUCGAAUGGCGUGUAAUUUGCAGGACUUUUAUCGCUAACAGCCCGAUUGUGCUUGAACGACACUGAUCCUCGGCAAAAACUUCUGCGUGUGAUCCUCGGACAGAGUCAUACUAUGACUGCUACUAAAGCUACUUCUAUCUUUUACUAAUAUACUACCUCGCUCUUAUUACUAAUAUUACUAAUAUUAUGCUAUUAAAACUUUUACUAAAUCUACUAACUACUUCUACUAACUAUUACUCUUCAGAACCAAAUAUAUAAUUAUAUAUAUACAUGUAGACAUCUUGUGAAUAGCGGAGAAUCACUAGCUGCUCGAUGUCCUAAGCGGUGCGACCAACAGAACAUUUUAGGAAUUAUAAAUACGACGAUAAUAAUUAUUUAUAAUUUUUUUAUUGUGUACAUAACUAGGUAAUUUCUGUCCACUUUGAAUUAGACUAUAAUAUCUAUCUUUACAUGUAAGUAGAUAUAUCGACAUGUGUUCUAUGUGUAAAUUAUUGUGUAUUUAUUGUGUAUCAUUUGCGUCUUAAAUUAUAGAACAGAGACGCCAUUAACGACGUUUUGUACGAGACGAAGGUAAUAAACGAACGUGAAUCGUUUUUUUUUGUUUGAACCUUCGUCUCCUGUUUAACACAUGAUUACAAUUAAAUGUGUAUGUAUAAUUUCAUAAGUACUACGAGCGGAUUUUUAUUUGAUGUAUUUCGCGCGCUACUUCUUCCUAGCGAUUUGCCUCAAAACGAUGAUCAUUAAAAAGUAGGAAUUUGUGUUUAUUCGUAUCGUUGAGAAUUAGCAAAUUUAAAUUUGUAUCAUACAAUUAUUAUUUAAAAUUUACGCCAAAAUUAUUUUCUGUAUUAUGUAUAGUAAUUCGAGUAUAAAUCUGAGCGUUAAUUACAUCGAUUUAUAAUGAAUAAUAUUUGUAGAAAAAUCUCAAUGUAACUUUAAAUUUUUUUGCGCUAAAUAAAUUUAUUUAACGACAAAAACUGUUUCAAGUACACUUACUGCAUGAAAAAUACAAAAAAAUAAAAAAUAUCAUCCUUCACGCGCUGGUAUUUGAAAAAU